GUACUUUAGCUUCGACUGGUCCUUCCUCACCCACUCACACAACACACUCGCUGCCGUCUACUUUUAUUACCUCAAAAAUUCAGCUCGUACACACAGAGAGAAGAGAUUUGUAAUUAUAGCUUUUGAAUUGAAGAGUUGAUGUGAUGACUUGUUGACUGAUUGGUAGAUCAACGGCUGAAAAGGGUGCAAGGGAUGAGGAGGUUAAUUGGAGUAUCUGCUGCUUCAGAGUAGAGAAAGAUUUUUCAUUUCGAAAUUUAAUUUGACAGGUCUGUUUCUGGUUGAGUUUGCUGAUUUGUACCAUGGGUGUCUCAGGAAAAUGGAUUAGGGCACUGGUUGGUUUAAAAAAGUCAGAAAAGUCACCUUCUUCAGAAAAGGAUGAAAAUAGGGCAGCAGCUAGCAAGUUUCGGCAUCGGAGAAAGCACUCAGUGGAGAUUGAUACUGAUAAACUUCAGGAUGAAUUUGAUCAGAAUGCUGCUCCACUAGUUGGAGAUGCUAAUAUAAAUGUGAUUGCAGAGACUGUUGGCUCUCCAUCAUAUUCACUGCAAGUGCAAAAUAUAGUUCAUGAUCAACAAAACUUGAGAGAAGAAUGGGCUGCAACACGCAUCCAAACAGCUUUUCGUGGAUUUUUGGCUAGAAGGGCUUUAAGAGCAUUGAAAGGGUUAGUGAGACUUCAAGCCCUUGUCAGAGGUCAUGCAGUGAGAAAACAAGCUGCAAUAACUCUUCGCUGCAUGCAAGCUUUAGUAAGAGUUCAGGCCCGUGUCCGAGCAAGGCGUGUUCGAUUGGCAUUGGAAAGUCAAACAGCACAACAUAAACUUCAGCAACAACUUGCGAAUGAGGCUCGUGUUCGAGAAAUAGAGGAAGGAUGGUGUGACAGUGUAGGAUCAGUUGAAGAAAUUCAAGCCAAGUUGCUCAAGAGGCAGGAGGCUGCUGCUAAGCGUGAGAGAGCCAUGGCAUAUGCUCUUGCUCACCAGUGGCAGGCAGGCUCAAGACAGCAGUCUGCUCCUUCUGGAUUUGAACCUGAUAAAAGCAGCUGGGGAUGGAAUUGGUUGGAGAGAUGGAUGGCUGUCCGUCCCUGGGAAAAUCGCUUUCUUGACAUUAAUCUUAAAGAUGGAGUAAUGAUACGUGAGAAUGAAUCUGCUGAGACUAACAAUGGCUCCAAAUCUCAGAUAAAAUCUUCUGGCAAGAAACCGCUUUCAUCAAAUCUUCACUCCAACCUUUUAAGUCAGAAAACAGUUCCAUCUCAGUCUGAAGGGAGUAGUUCUCCUGGUAUAUCAGUGGGCAUGCUAGAGGCAUCCACAACACAGUUUGCCAAGCCAAAGUCCAAGCCACCUCUUGAAGAUCUAAUUGAAGAAGUCAACUCAAGGCCUGCUGGCGUUGGUGCCAGAUCCCACAGCAAUCCAAAAGAGAGAUCCACUCAAUCAGAUAAACCAGGAAAGAAGCGCUUGUCUCUUCCUAACAAUGCGGCCGGGGCUCAUGGGACUCAGACAAAAAGGGUUGUAAGAUCUGCUGCUAAAGUGACACCAGGCUCUCAUAAACCCAUCAAUAGUAAAUCCAAGACUAAUGGAAAAGGAGAUUCAAACCCGACAAAAUCUGUUCCGGUGUCUGUUGAUCUGUAGCGAAUCCAUUCAGGUACUCCUGUUUCCAUAUGUAUAGAUAGAGUCACAUUACGAGGUGGGUGAAAUCACAUUGCAUAUAUUCCAUUCAAGAAAUCGGUGGUUUUACCAUAGCAGAGUUGGUUUCACAGUGGGAGGGUUGUGGAGAGUCGCCGGACAUGUCCCAGAAUAAGAUUAGCAGAUAUAAUGUGACUUGUAUUCAUCUUUCAUUUAUGUGUUAAUUAUGUGAUUAUAUAUUAUUUAUUUUCAAAUGAAUUAUUUCCGGAGCAGCUGUUGUUUCAGAUUAAUGUCUUUCUGGGUUUUCUUUUCUCCAUUAUCAGCUUCUCAACGAUCAUGUAUUUGUUCUUGUGAUGGGAUUAUACAUAAUAGAUGAGAUUAAGUAUUGGUAAAAGAAUCCUGGGUUGAGAGGAUUUGUAAUUAGUAAUCGCCAGUGUCUGGUGGAUUGAACUCUAUACAAGUUAAUGUAUUUUUUUAUUCUUUCUGAA